UUUUACAAUUCAUAAAAUAUUGUCCUAAAAGUAAGGAGUUUUGAAUGAGACCUAGUUGCAAAUGUUGGAGUAACGUUGGAAUGGCCGUUCAUUUGGUCGCACAUUCUCGCACGCGUGUCUCCGUUCGCGCUCUAUGAAAUGCCAGUUGCUGCAUUUUCCCGCGCGGAAUCCCCAGGAUCCCCCGCGUCACCAGGCCCUGCCACAUCAUCAGCGGCAGGAUGUAAACCAUACCACAACACCACCGCUGGCACGACCUGCCUCAACCACGACCAAUGCCGAAAACAUCCCAGAAGAUCAGUCUCUACCUUCUACAUCUACAUUUGUGCCUGCGACGAGGGCGUCGGGAAACUCUGGGGUAUCAUACUCUUCUUGGCGUUUAAUCAAGAUAGAGUUUGAGAAAAGCGCUAGGGAUCCCAGGAUAGGUAAAGGGGUACGUAUCCUGGAAAAAGGGAUUCAACCGGACUCCGCGCCUAAAAGGAUUAUGAAGAGUACAUCAACACAGACCACUCCAGAGAAGCUGUUAACCGCCUGCCCGCAGACUAUAAAUACACCCAGCCUGACGUGUAUCUCGCCAUAGUCUCCACUACCCGUUACACCAGUACACUGAGAAAAAUUUCCAUCGGAUAAACCAAUUAAAUAGCG